CCCCUUCGCGCUUCCCGCGAAAUAUCAAACGCGCGCGUGCGCUGGCCGAGCUGACGGCUUCCUCUGAACUCGGUUUUGUUUGUAAAACAAAAUGGCUGCCUGAAGGAGUGUAGUUUCUUUUAUGAAUAUAAAUAUAAACAGCACUGCUUUAAAACGGUGUAAGCAGUUUAUUAUUCCGUUUAGUGUUUAAUUUUGUAGUAGAGGAAAAUGUCCAAAGCGCAGGUCCAGAGCACGGAGGAGGAGCUGCAGGAUCUUCCUGAGAAGCUGAAGAAGAAGCUGCUGCCAUUUCAACGUCGAGGAGCUCAAUUCGCUCUUUCCAGAGCUGGAAGGUGUUUGAUUGCUGACGAGAUGGGGCUCGGGAAGACCGUGCAGGCCAUUUCAGUGGCAUACCUCUACAGACACGAGUGGCCUCUGCUGAUCGUAGUUCCGUCUUCGAUGAAGUACCCGUGGAUCGAGGAGCUGGAGCGCUGGAUACCCGAGCUGCUUCCUGACGACAUCAACCUGGUGGAAAGUAAAUCUGAUAUCAUGGGGAUCAGCCGGAGCAAGGUGACAGUUCUGGGCUACGGGCUGCUCACCAACGACGCACAGUCCCUGGUGGACUCGCUGAAGAAGCAGCGCUUCGGCGUGGUCAUAGUGGACGAGUCGCACUACAUGAAGUCCCGGAACGCAGCGAGGACGAAGAUCCUGGUCCCUCUGAUCCAGAACACCAAACGUGCAAUUCUGCUUACAGGAACCCCGGCACUGGGCAGACCAGAAGAGCUCUUCAUGCAGAUCGAUGCGUUGUACCCGAGGCGCUUCGGCACGUGGAGCGAGUACGCCAAGAAAUACUGCAACGCUCACUACAGAUUCUUCGGGAGCAGGCGUCAGUGGGAUUGCCGUGGAGCGUCUCAUCUGGACGAGCUGCACCAGAGGCUCAGCGAGAUCAUGAUCCGCAGACUUAAAGCCGAAGUGCUCACACAGCUGCCGGCCAAAAUCCGCCAGAGAAUCCCUUUCGACCUGCCAAAAGAGGCGGCCAAGGAAGCCAGCUCCAGCUUGGAGAAGUGGGAGAGUUUAAUGCGCUCUGUGGUCUCGGGCGGGUCGGAGAACGAGAACCCGUUCACUGAAGUCAUGGGUCUCAUCACGCAGAUGUACAAGCAGACUGCAAUAGCUAAGGCGGGAGCAGUGAAGGACUACAUAAAGAUGAUGCUGGAGACGGAGCAGCUCAAGUUUUUGGUCUUUGCACAUCACCUCAGCAUGCUGCAGGCGUGUACCGAGGCUGCGAUCGAGGCCAAGGCCGCUUAUAUCCGAAUCGAUGGCAGCGUUCCUUCUGCUGAGAGGAUCCAGCUGGUCCACCGCUUCCAGAACGAUCCAGAGACUCGAGUGGCUAUUCUGAGCAUCCAGGCUGCAGGACAGGGCCUCACCCUGACCGCGGCGACUCACGUGGUGUUCGCCGAGCUCUACUGGAACCCGGGGCACGUGAAGCAGGCGGAGGACCGAGCGCACCGCAUCGGCCAAACCUCCUCAGUGCACAUUCACUACCUCAUCGCCAAGGGCACGUUCGAUAUGGUCAUGUGGGCCAUGCUCAACCGGAAGGAAAGCGUGACAGGAAGUACACUGAACGGAAGGAAGGAAUACCUGAGAGCGGAGGAGGCGGAUAAGGAGAAAUGGGAUUUUCUGAACUUCGCUCAGGCCUGGACGCCGAGUGACAGCAACGUCGGCGAUGCCGCGGACGAGAAAGACGGCGUCUUCUUCUCGCACUUCGAGAAAGACAAACAGCACGACAUCCGCAACUUUUUCUCCCCCGCCUCGGACAAAAAGAGGAAGAAAACGGACGACGCGUCCAUCACCAGCUCUCCGCGUACACCUUCACAAGACCAGCGGGGAACCAAUCAAAGCCCCCAUAGCCGCAGCCCUGAUUCAGCCAAUCAGGAGGAGGAUUUUCGCCCCCAGGUGAAACGUUUGAAACAGGCCUCUCCAUUGUCUCGACACGGGGGGAAGCGAAGUCCCACGAUGACUCUCGCCACACCACGCGGGCUCUUGGCAGGACCUCAAACCCCCCGCCACAGCCAGAGGUGGAGCUGCCCGCUCUGUACGUUCUCCAACAGCGGCCUGCUGCUGCGCUGCGGAAUGUGCGAGACGCCGCGAGCUCAGAAAGCUCACAGCCCCCCUGCGCCUCCCUCCCCUUCCACCUCUCUCUCCAUCUCCAGCCCCUGCCUCACUCUUCCUGACUCGGAAGAAGACGACAGCACUCCCAAAACACCGAGCCAUGCGGGAAAGAAAGAGGAAGGAAAGGAUCCAGGACCACACGGAGAUCCUGCAGACACUCCUUCCAGGGCUAAUGAUGCCCGCGAGUCGGAGCACGCAGACGACUCUCUGCCUGUGUAUGACAGCCUGAAGUUCUGUGCCAGCAAAAAUACUGAUAGGAUCUACAUUUACAGCAAGGGUGGCCUCCCACUCAACUGCAACUUUGUUCCGUUGGAUAUCAGACUACAGAACUGGGAUGACUUGCCUCCAGAGUUUAGUCACACUGAGAACCGGAGACAUUUGGUGCGUUUUGUGCGCGAAUGGAGCUUUCUGACUGCGAUGAAGCAAAGGAUGGUGAGGAAGAGUGGCAGAGUCUCAAAACCCAUGCUGCUUGUGGAUGAGCUGAUGCACACACAGCGCCGGCACAGUAGCACCAAGAGGUAUCUCUCAAAGCAGGAAGUGGCUCAGACGUCCCUGAGUGCAGCUCAGAGAGAAGGAGGGACCGUACGCUCCAUCAACAAGGACAACUCUUCCUCCUUGAAGACAUUUAUUAUGAAACCAUGCAGUCAAGCUGAUAAGGAGUCGGAAGCAGACACGGGAUAUUUGCAAGCCCUGGACGCGGGAGGCACGCCGCUCUGUUUGUCCUGCCAGAAACCCAGCGUGGAGACCUCGGGCUGGGCAGGCGGAUUCUGCAGCGCCGGCUGCAUGGAGGAGCUGCAGCUGCGCUCCAGCCGUGGCUACGCCCGCUCCCGCGUGCUCGAGACGGAGCAAGGGGUGUGUCAGAGCUGCGGCCUUAACGCGCGCCAGCUGUAUCUGCGCGUACGAGACGCACCGCACACACACCGCAAAGAGAUUCUCGACAACACCUGGCUGGCACAGCUGCCUCUCAAACAGCUGAACGAGAUGAUCCGUCACCCGGUAGAGGGCCACUUCUGGCAGGUGGACCACAUCAAGCCGGUGUACAGCGGAGGAGGACAGUGUCUCCUGGACAACCUGCAGACACUGUGCACCGUCUGCCAUCGCAUGAGGACAUCGCAGCAAGCCAAAGAGCGGAGUCUGACGAAGAGAGGCGAAGCGGCGUCUAAGCUCUCCUCGGACAUCACCCGAUUCUUUGUGAAGAAAUCGGACUGAACUACCACCGCCGUGUUUCAGUCGUCAGUCUACGUACGUGCAGAAGAAUCACGACGACAUAACAAUAACACACACAGAACGGCUGCUACGAAUGCACCACAAAUAAGGAAGUAUUCCAGGGAUUCGUUACAUUUAAGGGUUUUUUUUUUCAGGGAAAGGUGGGUGUUUAGAGUAGAAUUGUAAAGGAAGGAAGAAAAUAAAGGUGAAAGUUUCCUGAGUGACCAUCGAGCUCUCAGUGGUGCACUGCUGAAUUGGUUCUACUGCAUGAUAACACUUUCUGUUUCUAGCAGAGAGAGAGAGAGAGAGAAAAAGAGAGCAGGCCAAGCGUUCGUGUUUGCUGCUAUUUUUAACUCGUGCAGGCUUUCGGAGCAUAAAAGCACCCUGCUGCAUGACUCUUAACAUUUUUCCGCUUUAGAAGAAACAUUUCUCCGCCGAAUGAUUUUUUUUGUGCGCGAGAACGCGGUUAACCAACGAUUCGAAAAACCGAAUUUAAGUUCAGACCACCAGCUGGUGAUUAUAAUUUUUUUCUCUCUUUUAUUGAAAGAAAGGAAAAAAAAGACAAUGCAAAACCCGGCCUCGUCUUCAAAUCUAACGGAGCCCCUUAUGUAAUCUUGGCGAACGUGCAGGGCUCGUCUCCAUAGCAACCCGCCCCGGUGACUGGCACCUAGGUGGAUGUGGAAGCUCUUACAACUGCUGUUCUGUUUAUAGACAAGUCAGAGACCUGCUUCGAUUCUAGAGAAUCCGCAAGAGAGGGACGUUUAACCCCGCGUUUAAUCGGGAAACUAUUAUGUUUGAGUGCUCUCGGCCGGUUGGAUAACCGUUGCAAUUACUGUUUGAAACCUAAUAAAGGAUCGUUAUGCUUUA